AUUUACACACAGAGACGUGAAGGCAUGCACUUGAACCUAAAAAUCACACAAAAAAGGAAAAAAUAUCUAAAUGUCUCACCUAUGCUCAACUAUAUGUAUUUACGAGAACAAAGGCAACAGCUAACUAGGCGACCCCUAAGACGGAAGUGACGACACUUGCGGAAGGUUGCGGAAGUUGACAUUUAGCGCCAAAGCUUGAGUCGGAGCAGAAAUAAUCAUGGAUGUUUCACGCAGAAUAAAGACGAAAGUGUCUUCUGGCUUCAAGAUGAGAGGACUUAUACUGCGCCCUGAGGCCAGCAGGUACCUUGUAGAGGUGCUGGAGUCCGUCAGUCAUUCUGAACUUGAUGAUGUUAUUGAAAGGGUCUUGGAUGCAGUGGAAAAACAGCCAUUGUCCUCCAGCAUGAUCGAGCUGUCCGUGGUGGAAAGUGCCGUGCAGGAUUGCACUCAAACUUGUGACGAAACAAUAGAUAAUGUUUUCAACAUAAUUGGAGCCUUUGAUGUGCCCAGAUACAUUUACAGUGUGGAGAGGAAGAAAUUUGUACCCAUCAGUAUGACCAGUCAUCCAGCCCCCAGUCUGUGUGGCCUGGCCAGAGAAAAAGCUGAACUCUUCAGGGAGCGCUAUACAAUCCUUCAGCAACGAACACAUCGCCAUGAACUCUUCACCCCGCCAGCGAUAGGAGCUGCUGUUGAAGAGGGUCAAAACAAAUUUCAGCUGAAGACGGUUGAAGCAUUGCUUGGUAGCACAGCUAAACUGGGAGAGGUGAUUGUACUUGGUAUGAUCACACAACUGAAAGAGGGUAAAUUUUACCUGGAGGACCCAAGUGGAACAAUACAGCUGGACUUGUCCAAAGCACAGUUUCAUAAUGGCCUCUACACAGAAUCCUGCUUUGUACUGGCAGAAGGUUGGUACGAGGACUCUGUGUUCCACGUCAAUGGUUUCGGGUUCCCACCAACAGAGCCUUCAUCAGCCACAAGAGCAUACUACGGAAACAUUAACUUUUUUGGAGGUCCAUCUGCCACUUCAGUGAAAACGUCCGCAAAGUUGAAGCAGCUGGAAGAGGAGAAUGAAGAUGCCAUGUUUGUUAUCGUCUCCGAUGUCUGGCUGGACAGUGUGGAAGUGAUGGAAAAGCUCAACAUCAUGUUCUCAGGAUAUGCUGCCAUGCCCCCCACCUGCUUCAUUUUCUGUGGAAACUUCUCUUCUGCCCCGUAUGGGAAGACACAGCUCAAAUCACUCAAAGAGUCACUGAAAGCCCUUGCUGAUGCUAUAUGCUCAUACCCCAGCAUUCAUAGCAGUAGUCGCUUUGUGUUUGUUCCCGGUCCUGAAGACCCUGGUCCAGGCACCAUCCUGCCACGACCUCCCCUGGCAGACCACAUCACAGAGGAGUUCAGACAGAGAGUGCCAUUUUCUGUGUUCACAACUAAUCCAUGCAGGAUUCAGUACUGCAGCCAGGAGAUUAUCAUUAUCAGAGAGGACCUGGUCAACAAGAUGUGUAGGAAUUGUGUCCGAUUGCCCAAUAACAAUCUUGACAUUCCAAACCAUUUUGUUAGGACAAUCCUAUCCCAGGGUCACUUGACUCCACUGCCUCUGUAUGUCAGUCCUGUAUUCUGGGCCUAUGACUUUUCCCUACGAGUCUACCCGGUACCUGACGUCAUCGUCUUCGCAGACAAAUACGACCCCUUCAGCAUCACUAACACAGACUGCCUCUGUGUCAACCCGGGUUCCUUCCCAAAAAGUGGAUUCAGUUUCAAGGUGUACUAUCCAUCCAACAGGACAGUUGAGGACAGCAAACUUCAAGGGCUGUGAAGAAAAUCCCGGAUUUGCAAUUUGACUGUACAUUAUUUUUGUAUGAUAUUAGAUGUUGAAAAUUGACUGGUAAUCAAAUAAUUUUAUGGUCUUUGAGUCUUUGUUCUAUGAGGAAUAAUAAAGUUUUUAUGCUUUGUACUGAA